GAUAAGCAAUGUGUUAUAUAACUUAUACACUGUUUAGUUCCAUGAAAUACAGUGAGUACAAACAUGAAAGUGAUUGUGGUUUUAAAAUGUGUUCUGUUUAUUAUUUAUAUCAGUAAUGUUCAAACGACAACAGAAAAUCCAAAUGAAAAGGACAACUUUUAUGAAGACGACCAAGGUUUCAUCAAGGCUAAUCCAAAGUUCAAAAUCGAUGGCCCGUUACCGACAGGUGCAGUGAAAAUAUACAAGCAAAUGCUUGAAGAACAAAACAAUCCCCCAGAAAGUACAACUAAAGCAAAAAGACGAAGACGAAAUGUCGAAGCUAUGUCACAGUUUCUCUCAGGCCAUGAUGAGGAGGAAAGGGAAGAACUUAUAAGAGAUAUGAAGCAUAGCAUGGUUACAAAAGAAGAACUUGAUUAUUAUAGUUUGGAUGUCAAACUUGAACCUCCGAAUGAUUUCAUUACCAGAGUUCCUCUAAAGUACAACGAAAUAAAUGGACAGUUCCAAGGGAAAAUUUCGAUUGGGACUCCGCCACAAAUCUUUGACAUGAUUUUUGACACAGGGUCGUCGGACUUGUGGGUUAGAUCAGACAAGUGUAUAUUUGAAAACUCCAACGUUGGGAAUCCAGAUUCUGCUAAUUCGUUCAAAAGUAGUCUGUCGUCAACAUAUGAGAGGUUAAACAAGACUAUUGACAACCAAUAUGCCUCAGGACGGAUCAAAGGACUAACCGCACUGGAGGUUGUAAGAGGAGUCAAAAACACUUAUGAGAGGUUAAACAAGACUAUUGACAACCAAUAUGCCUCAGGACGGAUCAAAGGACUAACUGCACUGGAGGUUGUAAGACUUGGAAAUCUGACAAUCCACAACCAAAUGAUCAUUGAAGCAACGCUUCUUCAAGAUUUGCCUUACACAUAUUUCGACGGCAUCUUUGGCCUCAGUCCCAAAGAUGAUCGCCAUUACCUUAUGUGUCCUCUUCACAACAUGAUCAUGCAAGAUCUUCUUCCAGCUCCGAUGUUUUCCCUCUACUUCUCCGACUCCAAGAAUGAACUCAUACUUGGAGGAGUGGACCCAAACUACCAAAAGGGAGAUUUCAUAUUUGUGGAAACCCUGAGCAAGGAGGCUAAACACUGGAGGUUUUUCCUGAAAGGAAUAUACAUUGGAGAUGAAGAGGUGAGCAAUAGAGGAUGUAUGGGGAUCGUGGACUCCGGAUCAGACUUCCUGAUGGGUUCUGCGGAUUUGAUAAAGUCUAUCGUCAAGGCAGUAGAUCCUGAGGGAGUGACCAAUAAGGUUCAUGACGCUUACACGCUGAUGUGUAGUGAUACUGAAAAACUGAAGGAUAUCGUUUUCAAAACAAUGGACAAUCAACUGCUAUCUCUAACAGCGAAAGACUAUGUAAAGAAGGCAGUCAUCAACAAAUCUGAAUUCUGCUAUACUCCCUUCGUAGUCCUCGAGGGGUUGGAGACACCCAGUUCAACCCCCGUGUUGUGCUUCGGAACAGUCUUCAUGAGGAAAUACUACACCCAGUUUGAUGUAAAAAAUAGUCGAAUCGGUUUUGCACUUGCUCAAUAAACUUGAGUGUAGAUUCCACAUGGUUCAAUAAAUCAAUUUAUGUGA